AUGUCUCCUGUGGCUGAAUUGCCUUCGCGGGCAUACCAGGAAAAGACCGUCGUUGACAAGGAGGGCCCAAGCGCAACAGCCGUUCCUCCAGCCAGUGACGACGCCAGCUCGUUUGAAGACGUUGAUGGCGAUUAUGGCUCGUAUGGAAAUCACGUCUUCUCCGACCCCAAGGUAGCUGAAUAUUGGCGGCAUGUCUUCGAGAAUGCCCAUUACGAGGGUCGCCAUCGAUUCGACCCGUCAUUCACGUGGUCUGCUACUGAAGAAAAACGGUUGAAACGCAAGAUCGAUAUCCGGAUCAUGACAUGGUGUUGGAUGAUGUUUCUGGCCUUGGACCUGAACCGGAGAAACAUCAACAGGGCAAUCAGUGAUGACAUGUUGGCCGAGCUAGGCAUGAACACCAACGACUUCAACUACGGCCAGACGAUCUUCCUUACCUGCUUUCUUGCCGCCGAGCUUCCUUCAGGCCUGAUCUCGAAGAAGCUGGGACCAGAUAUCUGGAUCCCAUUCAUUAUCUUGGCAUGGUCGAUUGUCUCUGCGUCACAGGCAGGCCUCACCGGCAAAGCUGGCUACUAUGUCUGCCGCGCUCUCCUGGGCUUGUUCAUGGGAGGAUUCAUCCCCGACACUGUCCUGUAUAUCACGUACUGGUACAAAAGUCGUGAGCUGCCCAUUAGGUUGAGCUGGUUCUGGACCGUGCUCAGCACCUGCAAUAUUGUCGGUUCUCUACUCGCCGCCGGCAUUCUCCAGAUGCGCGGCAUUCACGGCUGGUCCGGCUGGCAAUACCUCUUCCUCAUCGAGGGUGUCAUCACCGGUGUCGUCGGCAUUCUAAGCUGGGGCCUAAUGCCCGCCAGCCCCUGCCAAACAGCCAGCUGGUUCCGUGGACGAAAGGGCUGGUUUACCGAGCACGAGGAGAAGAUCCUGGUCAACCGGCUCCUCCGCGAUGAUCCCUCGAAAGGGGACAUGCACAACCGACAAGCCGUCGACGCCAAACGGCUCUGGAAGUGUCUGAAAGACUACGACCUUUGGCCCCUCUAUCUGGUCGGACUGACGACAUACAUCCCCCCGAACCCGCCGCAGAACUACCUCGCGUUCAUUCUUCGCCAGAUGGGCUUCAGCACCUUCAACGCCAAUCUGCUGACCAUCCCGUCGCAGUUCCUCUUCGGUGUCAAUCUGCUCAUCAUCUCGCGCAUCAGCGAGUGGGUCAACGAGAGGUCGCUGGUGUCUUCGACGUCCAACAUCUGGAUCUUCCCCUGGCUAGUCGCGCUCGUCACCCUCCCGGCCACGACGAGCACGUGGGUGCGUUACGCCCUGCUGACCGGCCUCCUCUCCUACCCGUACUGCCACGCCAUCCUCGUGGCGUGGAACUCGCGCAACUCCAACACGGUGCGCAACCGCGCCGUCUCCGCCGCGCUGUACAACAUGUUUGUGCAGGCCGGGAACAUUGUCGGCUCCAACAUCUACCGCGAAGAUGAUCGUCCGUUGUACCUCCGCGGCAACAAAAUCCUCCUGGCAAUCUGCUGCUUCAACAUCGUGCUCUUCUUGUUCGUCAAGUUCUACUACGUCACGCGCAACAAGAGGCGUGAACUCGCGUGGGGCAAACUCACGGGCGAGGACAAGAUCGAGUAUAUCCACCACACAAAGGACGAGGGGCCCAAGAGGUUGGAUUUUCGCUUCGUGCACUGA